CUCUCUCAAACCACAGCAAGGGACUGCUUACCUCUGAAAUAGUCAGAUGACUUGAUCUGCAGAACAGAAACUUUGACUGCGCAGUUGAAAACUGGUUGACAAGUCCGAAAUGGAACUGCCUCAAAAUUAGUAACUCAUGUUUUGAAGUAAUAACAAUUAGAGAACAGCAGUCACAAGUAAUUUCUGGCACGGACAGAAAGAUCUCUGACAGGCUUUAUUCACAGGUUACAUUUGAUGUCAUGGAACCGGCUGGAGAAAAGGAUGAGAUAUUCCUGGGCAUUUGUGAUUCCAGCUGAGACAAGCAUGGCAGAAACAAAUGAGCGCCUUCCCAGUCCUUAUCAGGAGAGUCUGAGUGCAGGAUCAAGCCAGCACCCUUCCUCUGAGGAAGAUAAUUGCUCCGUGACUCCAGCUCAGAGACACACCUGGAGUUAUGAAUGACACCCAUGACAAGAGCAAUAUCAGCGCUACCGUGGAAUGGUUCCAGUUCAUCAUGUACAUCCCCACGUUUAGCGUGGGAUUGCUGUUCAAUGUGAUGGCUCUGUUGUUACUCUUUUUUAAGGUUAAAAAGCUGUCAGAAUCUACAGUCUACAUGAUAGCCCUUAUAUUCCUGGAUACUUUGCUGUUGUUUACUCUUCCUUUUAAAAUCAUUUCCUACCGCCGUCAGGACAAGUGGCACUUGGGGUCUGUGUUUUGCUCCACCUUGGAGAGUCUUUACUUUGUAAACAUGUAUGGCAGCAUUCUCAUCUCCCUCUGCAUCUGCGUGGACCGGUACAUCGCUAUCAAGCACCCCUUCGCUGCCCCCUCCCUGAGAUCCAUCAGGAAAGCUGCCAUGGUCUGUGCUGUUAUCUGCCUGGGCACCUCGGUGGGGACAGUCUCUACAUCCCAAUUGCAUGAAAAGGGCCAAAACAUCUCAUCCUGCUUCCAUAACUUCUCCCCGAGGACAUGGGCGGACAUAGGCCUGUUCAGCACCUUGGAGACCAUCUUCUUUGGCAGCAUGGCAGCCAUGACGUUCUGCACUGCCCAAACUGUCAGGUGCCUGAGAAGGCACAGAGAUCCAGAGAACCCCCAGACACACAUCACUAGAGCAGAGAGGAUUGUGGUGACAAACCUUGUGGCGUUUUUGGUCUGCUUCACCCCUUACCACGUGGCAUACUUCACGUACUUCCUGGUGAAGAGAAACAUCAUCCACAUCAGUCUUCAAAAAGUGCUGCGAGAUGUCGUUCAGAUCACCCUUUGCUGGGCAAACCUGAACUGCUGCCUUGAUGGCGUGUGUUAUUAUUUUGUUUUAAAGGAGUCCUUGGAAGAACCAUCACAAAACACGGAAAGAAGAGUCAUACCAAAGCCUUGAUUUACAUACUGCAUGUUAGUUACUUGGGAUGAUGUGUGGUGAGGUUUUCACGGAAAGUGCAGGGUCCUGAACUUCUUACCUAAGCAAUUUGCUUGAAAUAUUCAGUUCUGAAAAUAUUUCAUUAAAAAAAUAGAACUAAGCCCAUUUCCAGGAGACUGCUCCCAACUUUUUUUAUUUCCUUCCAUAAUGUUUUCUGUUACUAUUUAUGGGUAAAAAGAAAUAUUUCUUUUUAUUUCUUCCAAGCCUCUCCCAUUUCUCCAAUGAUUCUGGCCAUUGAUUUUUCUGGAAACAAGCAGGUUGAGGUGUGUAAAAAGCUCGUACCUGACCACCACAGACAACCACUGUUGGAGCUCCCUGCCUCUGCCUACACAUGGCCCCCAGUGCCUCUGCCAGCUCUAAGAGAGCACUGAUUAUCGGGGCACAGAGAUGACUUUCAUUCUAGAUUCCUGGGAUAAAUUAUAAUUCUGCAAAGGCAAUAUUUUCUACUCAGAAGUUCCCUGCUGGAUCUUAUUGCUUCUGGGCCUCUGAGCAUUCACUGUUCAGGUCAAAUCUGGUGUGAUCUGAUCCCUUCUUUGCUCAGGUGGGUAAUUGCAACAGCUUUAUACCCAAAUCUUGACAUGGGUAAAUAGAGAGACCGCAGAGACUCCUCUUUGCACCAAGAGAAUAUUAAAGAUAUAAAAUGCUAAAAAAUAAAGGGAAAAAUCUGAAAACCUGAAAUUCAUAUUAAGAAAAAAAGAAAGCAAAAACCAAAGAUUUGUUCAGAAAUGAUUCACCCCUGAGAACUGAGGACUCAUUCCUAACACACAGUUCUAAGCUUAAAAUCAUUACUUUAUUCUGAAAGAAUGACAAUAGGGGCUAGAGAGCUAUUAUGGAGCACUUUUUCUACUUGCACUUCUUUUUGCAUUUGAAAAGGGAAAGUGAAAAGGUUUAAACCAGCCUUGAAAGCUGGUGAAGCUGCUUUGCUGAGGAACUACACCCUUUGGGCCAACCAAAUCCCAACCAAAGCAUUCAUCUCCCAAAUAGAAAGAAUUAGCACAGGUACCAGGCAUGCAGAAACUUCUACAUACAUUUCACUAUAUUAGGAAUUUAAAAAAAAGUUAAAAAGUUCACUUUUUAUGUUUUGUGAAAGAUGUUCACGUACAGUGAAUGGAACAAAUUAUUUACCAUGAGCAUUAUCACAUCUGUGGUGCAGUGGGCCAGUGCAAAGCUACAAUUCAAUCAAGUGCUCCAGCUUGCCUUACUCAUCCCUGUCUUCAUCCUUCCUUUCCUUCCACAUGCCUCUGUCUUCAGGUUUUUGGAGAAACUGCAUCCUUUAGCAAAGCUAAAGACUUCUUCCUCCAUUAGGUUUCUUGCUACUGAGAAACAUCUACCAUAGCAGCAAACUCUAAUGAAUCGGUGUCUUCAGCUACCUUGAAAGGCAAAGGGCACCUACAACCUUCAUUUUAUCUCAUUUAUUCUUCUUAUUCUGUCACUCUGUAAGAAUGGCAUUUACCACAUUUUUCUAAUGUGAUAAAAAAGUUGCUGUGGGAUACUGACACAACCAAAAAUCUAUGAGUAAUCAGAAAUAUUUCCCAGGAAGAAAAGCUGAAUCAGUGACAUUUGCAGACACCAAACGAUGUAAAACCUCAUGUCUGCUGUAUGCUAGUUUCCUAUUAAUCCUUCUCUCUAUUCCAAGACAAAAAGGGCAUUAAACUGGGAUUAUAUUUGAAAGCAAGUAUCAGCAGUUUAGAGUUAUAAACACUGCCAGGCAAUUGUUAAUCCAAAACUAAGCAUUACAAACCCAGGAAAUCCAGUUUAGAUUACACUUCAGAGUACACCAAAGCAAUCCUGACCAUUCCCCGGUUAAGUAUUAACUUUGGGACUACAAGUAAAGCCAUCUCUCAAAGACCAGCAUACAACCUGGGCCAGCCAUCAUUACUGAGACAGUGAAGGACACUGUCUGAAACAGUUUAUCAGUUUAAAGAGGAGCUUAGGAAAGAAAGCACAAGAUGUUGCAGAUAGCAGAGGCCCAUCUGACUUCAUUCAUGAUAAUAGGAAGUGCAGUGGCUUGAAAAAGUUGCAGGUGGAAGAGGGUAGAAAUAAAGGACCGUGACUUUUGACAGAGCAAGGUUGGCAUGGCAGUAAAAACCCUGCAGGUUUGUUUCCCUCAUGCAGAGUAAAAUACCUUGGUAUUAAUAAUAAAGAUGUUCCAUAGACCAUUUUGUGUGAUCAGGGAGAAGAUAAAAGAAAGCCUGAGCUUUCACUCUGAGCUCAACUCUUGCUGCUGUUCCUGCCUGUGGGUGACAGAGACCUGGUGGGACCUUGGGCAGGACCCCUCUGUUUGCUCCCAUUUGAGGUGCCCUAUGGUAUCUCCCCCAGCUUCCAAUGCUGAAUCGGACAGGGAUGGGAUGUUCCUGGCCCAUCUCACUCCUACCCAUCUCUCACUGCAGAAAUCAUACAAAAGGAGCCAGAUCACACUUAAUUCAAACCCACAGCCUAUCACACCUUAUGCCUUAUAAUUCCUCAGCAAAAACACAUUUAGGCUAUCAGGAGUGGGAAGAGAUAAAGCAAUGGGCUGGACACAUUUGCAUUUGUAACCCAACCCACUCCAUGCUAUAAUGGCAAGACAGAACUUAACAUCACACUCAGUAGCAAUAGCAAGACCAUUAAUGCCCUUCUCCUUUGCAACACAAAAUACAGAGGCUAGAAAAAUAUAUUCCCUAGUUUUGGAAAAACAGGGCAGAGAUCAAGCAGUAUCACUGAGUCUUAUCUCAGAUUUCAUUUCUGGACAUAAUCACAUCAUUAAAAUAAUUUUUAUAGUCCAUGCUAUUAUGGGUUAUUGCUCCCUCAAAUUAGCCUGUGUCACUUGCCUUGGGAUGCCCACAUACAUCUGUCACAAAACAUCUUUGGAAAAAAUCCCAAAUCUCUCUCCCACUUUUUGCCAAUCAAAAAUCCAAUCCUUUAUCUUUGUUAUUGUCACUUACCUCCUAUUCAUACCCUCAGAGGGAACAAAUUUCAACAUCUCUUACUAAGCUUUUAAAGGAGAAAGAAAGAAUAAAAAGAAAAAGAAGAAAAGAAAAAUGCCUUGAAAAGAAGAGUAGUGGCAAUGCCAGCAGCUCUCCUUGGCAGGUGCUGGCUGUGAAGAGCUGCUUUGGAAGAUCUUGGCAACAGCACCCUGGACUCAAGGUGAGCAAGUGCCAGCAAAGGCUUGUGGUAGGAGACAACAGAAGCCUGAGGGAGCACCUUGGCACAGGCACAGUGAACUGACAAGCAGUGGGGCACAGUGCGUACCUGCAGCAGAAAGGGGAGAGAAUUUAAGGUCUUAUGCAGAGCAUUGCUACAUCUAUGGGGGAAAAUCCAACCUUCUACUGCCACAGAGGGAAAACCCCAGGAAAAGGUAUAUACAGUGACAGCUUUUUAGGUAAAUAAUGAUGACAUGAGAGAGUUUUUUUUUUUUUUUUGGUCUUUUGUUUUGUUUUUGCUUUCUUGCUCCACUGACACCAGAACACAGCAAGAACAUAUUAAAUCAAACACUGCCAUCAGGAAGGGCUUGCAGGUUUGACUCCAACCAUGCCAACCACUUCUUUUACCACAUCUUUUUAAGUGACAAAGCAAUGACAAGUGACAAAGCACUGCCACGCUUUGUGGUGUCACACAUCCCUGAGCACAGGUUGCAGCCCCAGUCCUAUCCUCUUCCACCUCCUGCUGCCAUGGUGUGAGGACAUUACAAUGCUUCCCUGCCCUUAAGGCUGGUUUGGUUUGUUUUAGAAACAAAACAAAAUAAAAUAAAAAGCCCCAACCACUCUUAAAUACUUCCCUAAAUAUACCACCACAUUCAGGAUUUCAGCUCGAUGAGAUAUCCUGGCGUCUUGUUUUUGCAAUGACUCCUCACAGGAGCCCAGGGAACCAUGAGGGCAGGUCCAGCCGCUGGCAGGCUGUGCCUCAAUGCAGUGGCAGAAGGGUUUAUUUUAAACGUGGAUCCAGCAAAGAAUUUAACUUUUUUCUCCUCAAAACAAUUUGCCAAAUUCAAACCGGUUUUGGUCAGAAAAGCAGUGUUACUUUUAAACGCUCCCUGUGCCCAGGGAGGACUUUGCACAGAAACACUCACAUCUCCAGAGACAAACAGCUGCCCUCGGGGCCUCAUCUCUGUGAGGGAACAACGUGGCAUUGGACAUUAAAAUAUUAGUUUAAGCUUCCAUGACUUACUGUGUGUUUGGGUGAGUGCCAGGACAUGGACACAAGUGAGUGUAAACCCCCAUGAGGGGAGGAUGGAGGUGUGGGCAUGCAGGUCCCAGUGGCUGCUCCAGUCUCCUCUCAGCGCUGUCGACAUCAGUCACCACCCAGCACCUUCCAUCUGGGUGAGUGGCAGCAGCACAUCCAGGAAACCCGCUGAGUGAGGGCAUCAUUCGAUGAGCUAAUAAUAUGCUCAUUCCAGCAAGAACCACACACACCAUGGAACACGUGCUGGGCAGCCCUUGGCCCUGCUUGCUGCCUGGCACGGGAGCCAUGAUGGGGGCAGUCACCAAGCCCUCAGAAGCAGGCAGCAGACACUGAGAACCUUCUCCUUGCUUGGAAAAUCACUCUUUUUAGCCAAGCCUACUCUAGGCUACUCCACUACAGCUGCACGGGGCUAAGAUUAUGCUGCCCACAGGUGUCACAGCAAAUGAACCGAACACACCGAGAGCUGCAAAUAUUAGAUGGCAUGAAUCGAUUUUAUAGCUCCUGCAAACAGCCCCACAUGGCGCUGCCCUUCCAGCAAAAACAGUGGAGCACUUGCUACUAAUGAAAAAUCUGCGGAAAGAAGGGAAGACCCUUGAAGAUGGGAAGACCCACCAAGUCCCUAUAUGGGUGAGCACAACAUGCUGCUCUUGCAGAGACAGCGCUUCAGGAACAGCUACACCACAUGAACUCAUGAUGUCAAGGAGACUGAUACCAAAUAUUUACCUUUUAUUGCAAUUAAACGACUUCACCAAAAGCACUGAAUGAAAGCAAAGUGCAUUUCCUUUGCAAACCUCAUUAGAGAAUUGCCAUGCCUUCCUCUCCCAACUUAACAUUUCAAGCAGCCAUUUGAUAGUUGGUACCUGCUGUUAUAAAGGCAACUUGGUUUGAGUUUCAUCAUUGUUUUCUCACAGAUUUCAUGGGCUAACACUGAAAUACUUGGUCAAGGAGAAAGAGCAAGCUUUUCUAUCCAUGACAUUUUAACUGAAAUGUUUUUUUAAAGCUGAUAUAAAGCUCAGAAAGAGCUGGUCCAAAAGGCUUAUUGCAAACCUGCUUUGUGCUUCAGAGGGGCUCAAGCUACAUUGCAACUGUCUGUACUUCUGUAGCAUUCAUUUUCCUUGGAGAGGUGAAUGAGUGUCAGUUUUAAAUGCCUCCUUUCCAAACACAGCAAAAUGCUUCUCAAAGCACUUUGAUCAGGCAAUUCUUUUUC